AUGUCUUCACUACUAUGUUCGAUACGGCGAUCAUCGUCACCCAUAGCAAGAACGAGAACUUAUUCAGAUGGACCAGGCAAUGGAUUAGACCAUUCUACGAACAGAAUAGAUCAUCAAAACAAUAUGCAGAANAGCAAUCUGUCGAUAAUAAGAAGACGAUCAAAUAGUACAAUGUCUUCACUACUAUGUUCGAUACGGCGAUCAUCGUCACCCAUAGCAAGAACGAGAACUUAUUCAGAUGGACCAGGCAAUGGAUUAGACCAUUCUACGAACAGAAUAGAUCAUCAAAACAAUAUGCAGAACAGGAUUAUUAACCUGUUUGCGCAAAAAAAACGACUGUUUAAACAAUGGUUUGACAGACGGAUACGCCUAAUUGAUCCACCAGUAUUACCUGUAGGCCAUCCCGAGGAAGGAUUUCUACAACUACAUCAAUUGGAAGAGAGACAAAGGCGUCUCCAGAGACGAUGGGCGCGAACCCAGAAUGCACUUGAGAAUCAGCUGUUGAGUCCGUGGAGACGACACAGACUUCAACAGCAGAAAAAGCGCAUAAAUUUUUUAUUGGCACGAGUAACGCGAGACAUUCAAAUUGCACAAUAG